AUGAAUUAAUGUUAAAGUUUAAAGGAUCUAUUUCUUAGAAGUAAUGGGUUGGAGUUGGUCAUAUGUAUAAUAAUUAAAAUUGAUGCUGAUUAAUUGUACAAUUUGACAAUUACUAAAUAGUUCUAUAUAACAGUUAUUAGUUGAUGGAUUAAGUGAGUAUUUAUAUUUUAUAGAAUUCAACCUUUUAGAGCCAUCAAAAAUAUCCUUAAAUUUAGAAGCGAUUAAUGCAUUAUACUAAACAUUUUUUGAUAUUAAUAUCUAUCCUUACCAGUAGUUUUAAAUACAAAUAUAAUGA